AUGACAGGUAUGGAGGUGGAGGUGGAGGUGGAGGAGGAGGUGGUGGUGGUGGUGGGCGCUAUGGUCAUCGGUCUGGAGGACGCAAUAGGGAUAGUGGUACUCGAGGAGGAUCAGGACAUGACCACUAGAAUCCGGACCAUUCUGGUCCCUAUGAACGUCGCGGUACAGGAAACUUCCAUUCAGGGUAGAAAGAAUACUCUUGAUAGCAGAGCAAUUGGAGGUACUGCUGUUACUUGCUGGAGUUGUCAAAGUCUCUUCUGUUGCAUCUCUUCUUCGUGGUUCUCUGGGUGGACAAACCUGCUUGAUCAGUCUGUUGAUGUGCAAACUUUGGCUAAAAGAUUCAACUGUUUAAUGUCCGUGAAUGCUCGUUCUGAUAUUUUGGUCUGAUGAUAUUGCUUGCUUGACUUCAACAA